AUGUCCGUCUUUACUUCGCACCUUAGCACCACUACUCAUACUAGUGGUCUUACUCAACCUGCCUUUGCUCGAGACUGCAUUGGACGCACUUGCAUCACUGGUCAUGUUACCAAUUUGCAUCCAGAGAUUUCGUAUGGCUUUGAACGUCCAGCCAAUGUCUGUAAGGAUGUUCCCCGUAGUCAUGUCUGGCUCCUAGGCCAGAACAUCCUUGUUGGUCCUGAGCUGCAGGUGCCUUCUUGGUAUUUGUCCCGGGUCUUCCAGUCUCGGCGCAAUCGUGAGCCAAUGGGUUUGGUCUGCUCCUUGGGCCAAUUGCGUUCUGGUAGUGAGGUGUUCCCUUCCUUGGCUCCUCCUAAGUUGCCACUUUUUGGUCCUACUAGUGGUGUCCUAGAUUUGGGUACCUUUGGUCCUGUUGUCUUUCAGGCUAGUCCUCCUGGUUCUGUUCGGUCUGGUGGUGGCUCAGUUGCAGUUCCUGGUGGCUUGCGUCGUUCUGGUCGUUUGGCUGGUGCUCGUGUUCGUCCUUUGGUAGAGACUGAUGAUGAGGUUGAGUAUGCUGAAGAGGUAGAUGAGCUGGCUAGUGAUGAAACUGACUACCAACUCCGCCUUGGGUCCAUGUCACCUCUUGAGGGCUCCUUGGGUGCACCUGAGGUUACUACCACAGGGCAUACCCCUCCUACUCCCUUGGUGUCUCUGCCAAGCUCCCCUGGGUCUGCUCGUUCGGAUUCUAUGUCUCCUGUGACAUCGCCUGGGGUGGACCAUAUGGAGCAACCACAAGACCCUAGGUCUCCUAGUGUUCACCAGCAACAGCAUCUCGCUUUUACAUAUAUGUCGAAUCCCGAAGCAAACCCAGGACCCCAGUACAAAGCAAAAGGAUACCAAACGAAGCAACAAGGCUAUGACCGCGCCAUGGUUGAAGCGUCCAGAGUGUACAGGGAACUAAAGGAUGGAAAGUGGCCGGGUGACAUCCUAUGGGGAAUGGCACAGCGAGAUAAGAUUGUAGAUCUCUGA